AUGGUAGGAAACCAAAACAGGAAGAAUGUUGUUUGCUAUAAAUGCAAGAUACCAGGACAUUUAAAAAGUAAGUAUUCUAACAGUGACAAUGAUAAAAGACAAAACAAAACUUCAGGUGUUUUCAGUGCAGUGUUUAUAAGUGGCUUUUUCGACAGAAGUAACUGGUAUGUUGAUUCAGGGGCUAGUGCACAUCUCACAGAAAAUGAAGAAUGGAUGAAAAACAAAGUAACUGAUCUUAACAUGGAUAAAAUGAUGUUUGCAAAUCAUACAGAAAUACCAUUUUUGCGCUCUGUAGAAGUUGAUUUGACAACGGCUGUUGGAAAGAAAUCUUUUUAUAUUACUGUAAAAAUAUUGUGUGCUCCAGAACUAACUAAAAAUUUGCUAUCUGUGAGCGGUUUGAUUGAAAAAGGAUUUUUUUUCGAACUGAAUAGUGACCAGUGCAAUAUUUAUAACAAUCACAAUGAACUAGUUGCAACUGCAGUUCUGAUUAAUGGUGUGUACAAGCUAAAAACUGACAGAGGAAGUGAUAUUUUAGAAAUGAGUACAGCAUGA